AUGGCUGAAACGAAACAACCCCCUACGGUUCUGGCAUCACUGGAUAAAUUACAUACACAAUCAUAUUUCUCACCUGUCCCUGAAGCUAUCAAUAAUGUCGAUUCACAACAGGAAGAGAUUAUAAUGGGGAUCGAUGAAGCUGGUAGAGGUCCCGUUAUCGGUCCCAUGGUAUAUGCCGUGGCAUAUUGUUCACGUACUUAUCAAGAUGAAAUAGUUAUACCGAAAUACGAUUUUGAUGACUCUAAGAAAUUGACAGAUCCUGUACGUCGUCAGUUGUUUAAAUUAAUGUACGACUCAAAAGAAAUUGAUGCUGUUGGUUAUGCUACUACGUGUAUUACACCUUGUGAUAUAUCCUCAGGAAUGUCUAGAUUCCCACCUACUAAGCAAUACAAUUUGAAUGAACAAGCUCAUGAUACUACGAUGGCAUUGAUCCAGGGUGUCUUAGAUCAAAAUGUGCAUUUAUCACAUAUAUAUAUUGAUACAGUGGGUCCACCACAUACCUACCAACGUAAAUUAGAAAAUAGAUUCCCAGGGAUUAAAUUUACAGUUGCUAAAAAAGCUGAUUCUUUAUACUGCGUAGUUAGUGUAGCGAGUGUGGUAGCUAAAGUCACAAGAGAUUUGUUGGUCGAACAUUUAGAGCAACAAUACAUUGAAAGCACUACACAAAUGGGUUCGGGAUAUCCUUCAGACCCUAGGACGAAAAAUUGGCUUAGAGAUUCUCAACAGCCAUUAUUUGGAUGGCCAACAGAUAUUGUUAGAUUCUCAUGGCAAACGUGUCAAACUUUAUUGGACAAAGCUGCAGAUGACGGAGUAGGUAUCCAACUAGAAUGGGAAGAAGAUCUAGUUAAUAAAAAGAACAAGUCGAUGCUUACAUGGGACUAUUCUAAUAAUAGUGAUAGUAUGGCAUCCAUACAGCAAGCAGACAAACUCAUCACUUUAGAUUCCUGGUAUCAUGCAUAA